AUGUUAAACAAUAAAAUAUCUUACUUUCAUCAUGUUAAUAGUCCUGAGCAAAUUGGUAAUGGUGAUGAUGGAAGUAGUGAAGAUGAUCAACAGUCAGAAAAAAUUGUUGAAAAAUUGAAUAAACGUUUAAGUAUUGAUAGACAAAAUCGAAAUCGCCCAAGAGAUUAUGCAUCAAUAUUGAGAGAAUAUAAUACACCAAAAUAUACAUUGCCCACAAAAUCUAUUUAUUAUUUUCAUAAUAUACCACAAAAACAAAGAAGAGCAACAAUGACGACCAUAAUAAAUCAAGUAAAUUAUAGACUCCCACUAUCAUUACAAAAAGUUCCACCACCGAGUCCCAUUCGUUCUCAAAAAUUACAUUUAACGCCUCGAACAAAUUAUUUUGUCGGUUUAUAUCAGGCAUCAGUUCACUUAAAUCAAAGAGGAAAAAACACAUCAUUACCUGCAAAUUCGGCAAGAAAAAUAGGAGAUAGCGAUUUCUCGACUAAUAUCAACAAUGACAAUAAUGUUACUCCACCUCUGCUAACAAAACAGUAUGCAUCAUUCAACCAUAGACCAAAAACAAAUUUGAAUUUUUCUCAUUAUAACUCAUCAAUAUCACCAACAGUCUCUGAUCAUAAUUUGAUAACAUCGAACAAUACAAAUCAUAAAUCAAAGAUAUUUAAUCGUUCAUUAUCGGUAAAAUCGAACAAACUGGGCAAUAAUUGUAAUGGUCAUUUAUCAACAAUAGUUCCUUCAAUUGUACAAUUAGACACUAGUUCUGAUGGUCAAAUAUUAAUAGCUGAUGGAAAAAGAUUAUUAGGAAAUUAUUCUACCUAUAAGAAACACUUUGUUGUACCAUCUUGA